UUCUUCAAAUUUCGCUAAACCUGCAUCAGCAACAACAUUACAAAAUCAACAACAAACAUCAAUUGAUUCCAAAAAAAAUGACAACGAUGAUAUAUGGGCAAUAGCAUCAAAUCUUGUUAGUUUGGAUUCUUUAGGCAAAGAGAAAAACAAUAAACCAAUCGAAAAGCCAUCGAUGAAUUCUCUCACCCAAUCUGAUUGGUCAGUCAAAGAUCCAUUUGAUUUUUUAUUAUAA